UCCUCCUCCUCCUCCUCCUCCUCAUCCUCCGCUUCCUUCCGUAGCCAUUUGGGCUCAAGGUCCUCAUGUGCUCCACAGCGCAUAGGUUUCCCAUGCGAGCGACCUUCCAGAUACAAUCAAUCGAGCGAUCUGACUGAUUCAGGGCAGCAUGCCAACGAUUGCUCUGCGAUUGGUUGCCUGUGUUGCCCAGCUGUCGAGAAUGGCCGCUGAUGUAACCUGCUUUGGCGGCAAUGGCAAUUUUAUUCAAGACCAGUAGCCUUUCUGUAAGAAGGUGCACGACGAUGCAUUGAUUUAUUAUGGGCCCAGUGCGGAGGGAAGCUUCCUGAAGCUCGGACUUUACGCUGCUGGGCACAGUGGUUGGAGUGCGUUGGCGUUUGCUGGCAACGGCGGCAUGAAAGGGGCCCAGCAAUUUGUAGUGCGGCAGGAAGGCGGCACUUGGAUAGCCGAGGAGCGCUACUCCACAGACUACGCACCUCCACAAAUGCAGGAAACGCAGGACCUGACAUUGAUCUUCGCCAGCGAGGAGAAAGGCGGAACUGCAUGGGGUUUGCUACUGCCUCGGAUCUCCUGCGGUGCUGGCGACAGGUACCCCGUUGAAGAUGUGAGCCGCUGGAUGCACUGGGCACUGGGUAGCUCCCACAGCUUCGCAUACCACAGCAGUAAGCGUGGCCAGUUUCAUGUCAACUUGCUCUCAGGGCCUUCGACGCUUCCGGAUCUGACCAGCUUGGAGGAAGUGGACGUGCUGAUGCCAGAUGUCGACGUGGUGCUCGGGAAGGGAGGCAAUGAUCCUACGAACCCUUAUAUUUGUGGUAUCUUCGAUCUCGCACAACUUUUGCCAGCUAACAGGAGUGUCUUGGAUCAGCACCACGUCGUCAAGUUUGUGCCGAAGUUAUCCGCGAGCAGCGAACAGUAUGUCCAUCACAUGAUAUUGUAUAGUUGUGACAGUGCUGCCGCUGCCUUAUACGAUAAGUAUGUAUCACACAAUCAGGUGGUCGGUGAUUGCGGAAGCAUGCCGCCAGCUUGCAACGCAUUGAAAUGGGCCUGGGCCGUUGGGAGCGAAGACGUUGUACUCCCUGCAGACGUGGGCAUGCCGUUUGGUCAGAACGUGCGCUGGUUGGCACUGCAGAUGCACUAUCACAACCCGUUGCUGGUCGCAGGCGUCAAGGACAGCAGCGGCGUCAUGAUGAUUUUCAGCGAUUCUCUCCGCACCCACGACGCUGCAGUCUUCGACCUCAACGGGGGCACCAGCCUGGAUCAUCGCAAUCCAUUGCCAGCCGGCCAGGCAGAUAUCACUCUGAGCACCGUUACCGUCCCAGAGCAGUGCACGAACGCUUGGGACGUACCCAGUAUCAACGUGCUGGGUGUGCUUUACCAUGGCCAUCUCGUCGGCAAGAGCUUCGGUAUUGAUAUCACCAGCAGCGCAGACGGAAGCUAUCGUGGGACGCUCCGUCAGGAGAAGAGGUACGAUUUCAACCACCAGAACUUUGAACCGCCCUUGUUGAACACUAAUUCUAGAGGAGACGAGCUAACGUUUACAUGCAAGUAUGAUACGUCCUUGAAAACAGAGCCUACUGAGUUCGGGGAUGCAACGCAAAAUGAGAUGUGCUGGGCUGCCUUCAUGUAUUAUCCUGCUCAGAUGAUGACAGGUGCAAUGAUCGAUAAGGGGAGCGUCCUAACAACCCUUAUGGGGAAAAACAGUAUACGAUGUGCGGGGGUGGGCCAGCUGUCGUAUACAGCGCCAGUGGUGGCUCCGCCUGCGUGCAUGCAACUGGGCGAUUUGAGUUCAGUUCGCGCCAGCAGUAUUUUAAGCACCAUGACGGCCGACCUCCCGGCGACCUGGAUUCCAAGUACAACAACGACCACGACGACGACGACGACACCAGAUUUGUUGCCCAGUAGCACCAUGACGGCCGACCCCUCGGCUACCUGGAUUUCAAAAUAUACAACGACCACGACGAUGAGGAAGACACCAGACUUGCGGGCCAGUUUAACGUCGUCACCAGCUCCGACGUGCUCAUGCGUACUUUCUGUGAUCGGCGCGUUUGUUCUGCAUGGCCUUCUACAUGCAUCCACAAUGUAGUUUGCCAUUUGCCGGUAGACGUUAGCCGCUGUGAAUUGUAGCAUUCCUGACUUGGUGCUUGUUCUCGCAGAACGGACCGCAGACGCCCCAACGGUGUUCCAACGAGCUCCCCAGCAGUGCUUACACUUAUGGCGGUCCGCGAUAGCUACGGAGCCCUGUAGGGGCGACGUGCUGGACAGGACCUCCGACUGCUGGCUCAUGGACUUCGAGCUCCGCGUCGAGGUCCUCUACUGACAAAUGCUUUCGUUUUCCUCGUGCGCAGUCGUGGUCGUGCAGACCCGUCUGCGUGUUGGUCUGGUGUGCAGGCAGCCGGAUAGCCGCUGCUGAUUUUCUUGCGACGCACGGACCGCGCACCGCUCGUCGUUUUCAGCGAGCGUUUUCCUGCGAUCCACGUCUGGGCAGCAGCGCAUCCUUAUUGUGGGCGUCCGUUCGUCUCGUGCUCGGCAGGUUCUUUUCCAUUUGAUCUGGGCGAACCCACAAUCACUCGAUCUGGCUGCAUGAGCGUUGCGCGACCGCGACGCACCAUCUCCGUGCGAAGCAGUGUGCGUGCGCGGCUCAUCCGUGCUCUGAGGCUGGACCUUGGCCUCGAGGCGGACAGGAUCAAAACCAUAACUUUUCUCCCUCUCCCUUCAACCUGUCCCCUCCUCAAGUGUGAACGCUGCUGUAUCUUUCAAAAACCGUUGCCUGCUGAAGUUGCAGCACUGUUCAAUCAUUCGAUCUUGCUGCAUGAGCGUUGCGCGACCGCGACGCACCAUCUCCGUGCGAAGUAGUGUGCGUGCGCGGCUCAUCCGUGCUCUGAGGCUGGACCUUGGCCUCGAGGCGGACAGGAUCAACAUCAACGAUUAUCCCGGCAAAGCAGCCUAACAGCGAUGUGUAGGAGCAUACCUGGAAGCAUUCCCCUUAAGAUUCAGAUGAGAAUCCAGUUGUAGAAUUCUGCUGUUCUCGCAGUCGUAGUCGCAUUCGCGAUGACAGUUGCAGUGGCAACGGCAGUCGCAG